GUUUUGUUUUGGGAUUUUGGUUAGCGGGUGAUCACUGAUCAGUGUUUUUUUUAGCCGUGUUCAAAGUUCUUCCAUUUAUCUUCUCUCUGGCUGUAAAGAGUCAUAUGCAUGGGAACUUUUAGCCAAUUGUUUGGGUGGUUUUAACAGAAAUGCCUGCGGGCAUUUCGUGAAUAGUUGCCCUUCAUUGCCCUUAUGCAUUCUGAUAGUCUUCCUGGUACUUUUGUUAGUUGGGAUUUUUGGUUUUGAACAGUUCUCAAUUGAGAAUGUUUUGCUGUCACCGUUUUGAUGUAGAUAAAUGUCGACUCCACGCACUGUUACAGAAUUUAUUGCCUGGCGUUCAUGAAGCUUCUUGAUCCAGUGCGAAGGUUCUCUUGAGUUCACAAAUCAAGAGGGUCUUCAGUUUUGAUUUGUCAAUGGAUUUAGGCACCUGUUUUAUCUGCCAACAUAUGAAUAUUUGUACUUGUGUUUGUGUAUGUUGGACUACAAUGAUUGGAUAGUGAAUCAGCUGUAGUUGAAUAUGGCAUGAACUAUUUCGUCUUCCAGUUUUCAGGACAGCUGCUGUAAAUGCUGCUGCUGGAUCUGCCUAUGCCGAGUUUGGAAAUACAAAGGUCAUUGUUUCUGUAUUCGGACCCAGAGAAAGCAAGAAGGCAAUGAUGUAUAGUGAUGUGGGCCGGUUAAAUUGCAACGUUAGCUACACGAAAUUUGCUACCCCAGUGCGUAAUCAGGAGGCAGACUGUAAAGAGUUGUCGUUGAUGCUUCAUAAAGCUCUCGAAGGUGCCAUAUUGUUGGAAACCUUUCCAAAGACAACAGUAGAUGUUUUCGCUUUGGUGUUGGAGUCUGGAGGCAGCGAUCUUCCUGUGGUAGUGUCCUGUGCAAGCCUUGCCCUAGCUGAUGCAGGGAUUAUGAUGUAUGACCUUGUUGCUGGAGUUUCUGUGGCCUCUCUCAGUAAAAAGAACCUAGUGAUUGAUCCAGUACAAGAAGAGGAAAGCUCUCAAGAUGGAAGCCUAAUGCUGACUUGUAUGCCAUCAAGAUACAAGGUUACCCAGCUAACCAUUACUGGGGAAUGGUCAUCUGCAAACCUUAAUGAGGCUAUGGAGCUGUGUCUCGAUGCUUGCUCCAAGCUUGCGAAAAUUAUGAGGUCUUGUCUGAAAGAUGCUGCAUCUUUAGCUUCCCAAGAGUGAACAGAUGAAAUAGUUUUUGUAGUAAAAGCCAAUGAAGGAAAGGGACAGAGUGGUUCGAGUUUGGGUUGCAUCCAAAGAGACCUGGUGUUGGAGCUUGGGAUGAUAGAACGAGUCCCUUGAUACUUAUUGCUGGGAAAUUUUGAUUGUGAUUAUGUUUUCAUUCAAUGGAGUUAUCACUCUUUUGAAUGCUUCCCAAAACCAGCAAAACCUGUUCCAUAUUUUGAGCAUUUAGCCAUUUGAAUCCCUCCAUAGGUGCACUUUGAAAUUUUAUAGUAGGACAAUGGACAAGCGCUGUAAAAAGGACUGAGAUAGGGUCAUGUUGAACAGAAGGCCGACUGUCUUCAACAUAUGUUGGAAUG